GGUCGAUGAAUAGAGAGGGAAAGAGGAGCGAAAAUAUGCGUAGGUCGAUGAAUAGAGAGAGAAAGAGGAGAGAGAAUAUGAGAGGGAGAGGGAGAGGGAGAGAGUAAGAGGGGCAGGCCCCCGCCACCCUAUUUAGUUCCAACCAUCCCACACUCGAGGAGAAGCGGAACAAGGCAGGGAUCAUCACCUCGAGAGACACAGAGAGAGUUUAGAGAGUAUAAAACAUAUGUCAAUGGCGUGUGUAUCGGAGGCCACCCCAUUGAGCCUGCCCGCCUCGGCCGGCAUGAAGCCUCGGUGCCGCGCCGAUGGCGCCAAAAGCGGUAACGGUGGUAGUCGGGUGCUCAUAAUCGGGGCCACCGGCUACAUUGGCCGCUUUGUCGCGGAGGCAAGUGUGAUGUCUGGAAAGCCAACUUUUAUCUUGCUGCGACAUGGUCCCGCGGCUUGCCCUGCUAAGGCACAGACGGUCCGAGCACUCGAAGAUGCUGGUGCCACUAUUGUUCAUGGGUCGAUGCAGGACAGGGAGCUGAUGGAAAGGAUACUGGCGGAGCUGAAGAUCGACGUCGUCAUCUCCACCGUAGCAGGGGCGGGAAGCAUAUUGGACCAGCUCCACCUGAUCGAUGCCAUCAGGGCCGUUGGCACUGUUAAGAGGUUUGUGCCGUCCGAAUUUGGUCAUGACAUAGACAAGGCGGAGCCUGUGGAGCCGGCUUUAGCAAUGUAUAAAGAGAAGAGGAUGGUUAGGCGUGCGGCCGAGGGCUUAGAGAUCCCCUGCACCUACAUAUGCUGCAACUCCAUAGCCGCGUGGCCAUACCACGACAAUACCCACCCGUCCGAGGUGCCCCCGCCCCUCGAUCGCUUUCUCAUCUACGGUGACGGCAACAUCAAAGCUUAUUUUGUGGCCGGAACUGAUAUCGGGAAGAUGACGGUGAAAGCCGUGGACGAUGAGAGGACCCUGAACAUGACGUUGCACUUCAGGCCAGUCUCCAAUUUCUUGACACUAAAUGAGAUGGCAUCCCUCUGGGAGAAGAAGAUCAAGCGCACCCUGUCCCGGGCCACCAUGACAGAGGAUGACCUCCUCAACUUGGCUAAAGAGAACCGCAUACCAGAAAGCAUUGUGGCUGCUUUGACCCAUGACAUCUUCAUAAAAGGGUGCCAGUUUGGGUUCUCUAUCGAUGGGCCCCACGACGUGGAGGUGGGCCAACUCUAUCCAGACGAGCCGCUUCGAUCAAUUUCCGACUGCUUUGACGACUACUUGCAGGAAAUCGUGCCGGAAAUUGUCGGUCCGAUGGAAAUUGUGGCGGCCGAGCCCCAGAAUUCGCUCUCGGUGCCCCUCACUUGCAUCUCCUAGGGGCCUAAAAAUCUCUUGAAACAGCAUUUAAUAAGGGAUUUAUAAGGUGCCUUUUCAUUAUGAGUUUUUUGUUUCAAGGAUUGUAUAUAAUGAGAUUAUUUACUUUUAAAAUAAGAUGGUCACACUUCUUUACGAUCA